UUUUAGUAUAUCUGAUUUACGUCCUCACAAGUUCCCUUCUUGCAAAUCCAUUCCUAUAUCCGGGAGAAGCGUUUCAAUAUCCGACCCUCAAAAUGGGAAAUGAAGCAAGUUAUCCCUUGGAAAUGUGCUCCCACUUUGAUGCUGAUGAGAUUAAGAGGCUAGGGAAGAGAUUUAAGAAACUCGACCUAGAUAAUUCAGGCUCGUUGAGUGUGGAAGAAUUCAUGUCUUUGCCUGAAUUGCAACAGAACCCCCUGGUACAACGAGUUAUUGAUAUAUUUGACACAGAUGGCAAUGGGGAGGUUGACUUCAAAGAAUUUAUUGAGGGUGUCUCACAGUUUAGUGUCAAAGGUGACAAGGAACAGAAACUGCGCUUUGCCUUCCGGAUCUAUGACAUGGACAAGGAUGGUUAUAUUUCCAAUGGGGAGCUCUUUCAGGUCCUCAAGAUGAUGGUGGGAAACAACCUUAAGGACACCCAGCUUCAGCAGAUAGUUGACAAAACCAUUAUCAACGCAGACAAGGAUGGGGAUGGGAGAAUAUCCUUUGAAGAAUUCUGUGCAGUUGUAGGCGGCCUAGAUAUACACAAAAAGAUGGUGGUGGACGUGUGACGGGUCCCCGAGCGCCUCUCAACACUCGCUUUCUUCUCCAUCUCUGAAGAUCUGCUCAAGAUGUCCAGCAAUGCUUUCUGUGUAUUUCAAUGGAAGUAUUCUCUCUUUGAAGCCACUUUUUUUCCAACACGAGCCUCGUGAAGCCAACCUUUAAGUGUUAUUGAACUUUGAUCCUCUCAAUGACUCGGUGUAGCACUUUAAAAGCCUGAAGGACAGCUAUUCUUCGUGAACGAGCAUCUCAGUUUGGUGGAGCAAGGGAAGAGGGUUGGCUUGUUUUUUUUUUUCCCUCAUUUUAAUUUUUAUUUAUUUUUAUCUUGUCUUUUUUUUAAGGAAGUAUAUCUAUAGCUUUCAAAAGGGGAAAUGUAUAGUUAGCUGAGGUGCAUCUUAAAGAUACUUGAUUUCAUUUCAAAACAAGUAGAGUAUGAAGUGCCAAGCAGAACAUACAAAUAAACCAGUUGAAAGUACGAUCAUCAUCUACCAUCGUUUAAGGUUUUAGACAACUGGUUAGAAGUAUAUGAAGCUCUGUGCGAUUGAUGAGAUGCAAUUUCUUUUCCAAGUGUAUGGCAGUUUUAUGGCAGUUUGUUUUUUUCUAUUUACACUUUGUAAUAUGAACUGGUUUGAUUUGAACAUUUUAGCUUUCAAUCAAGUAUACCACAAAAGUAGAUAUUGUUGGAUUUUUUUGUAACAAGGAGAUUGUAUGUUUAUUUAUACAUGUUUAUAUUGUUGGGGAGUUAAUCUAUUCCUUGUCUUGCUUUCUGAAAUACAGUAGAAUAGAAAUAGAUGCCAAGAAGGUGACAUGUCUUUGCAUACAAAAUUGUGGUUUACUUUAAAGGCAGGUCUUUGUUACCCAGUGAAUAUGUGAAUGGUUUGCGUCCAUCAAACUAUUCCCAAAACACAAAAUACAUUUCAUGACUCCUGAAAUAUGUCAAUUAAAAUAAGUUGGAACAUUUUAAUGUAUUUUGUAUUUUAUUACCUUUUAAACAGCAAUUCAGGUUAAUGCAGCUGAAUAUUCUUAGUUAAGGUAAAAAUGCACCACAGUUGUGGCUUCUGUGAUUGUAGGGGGGAAGUGCAUCUUUAUAGUGCGUUAAUUUACAAACUACUGCAGGCAGCAUUUUUUAAACCUAUGUAUGUAUAUUAGGUGAAAGAGGGAUACAUAAAGUGUAUGUAAGUUUGACCUUUUACUAUUUCAAAUGAGGAAAGCUUUAAGCUAAAUGUAUACCUUCCUAGUUACUACUUUACAGUGCCCUAUAUUUUAAGUUUUAAUUUUAGCGAAUAACUAAAGUUGCUCUUAAAUUGUCAUUAACAUGUUAGCGCAAUAGAUGUUCAAAGUGGAAUACACUGAGUGUGAGCAUGUUCUCUGUGGAAAUAAUUUUUCUGCCCCCUUUCUCAUAUCUAGCUUUUUUCUGUUCUGUGUUUUAGAUGGGGGUAUAAUGGAGAAGAGGGAUAGGAGGGAGAAUACAUUUAAAACAAUCUACAUUUUACAAAAAAAAGCCUCAUUGGUUUGGAAAUUUUGUCUUUUCAUUGCAUAGUUCAGCUUUUGCUGGACAAGUUGCACGGUCCAGGCAGGUGUUUCUGGUAGAAGAUGCUAGACCACGAGCAUCUUUCUGUCCUGGCAGUUUUUCAAUCGAGUGCUGCAUGUCCACAGCUUGGUCUGUUCCAGAGGCCCUGGGGCUUGAUAUGCUUGCAUGACAUGGAGUUUUUCUUUGUGCAUGUAGGUCCAUUUUUUAAAAAAAAAAAAUGUUCCUCUUGUUUACAUAUGAAUUGUAAUGUUAAUAUAUUUAAAGAAUCAUGGUAUGAUAUGGAUGUUGCCAAACUUUGGUAAAUGUUAACAUAUGAUCAUUGAUAAUGAAACUCCACUACAUGUAAACCUUUUUAAAAUCUUCUGG